AUGGAAAGCCGAAGUCGCCUCGUAACUUCUUCUUCCCAAGAUCCGGUAAGAAAAACAUGAAUUUUGAAGUUGUUUAUGGGUUUAGGAGCACGUACUUCAACUGCAGAUGUCGAGAAGAACUCGUCGUCCAACUCCUCCAACCCAACAUCCGGUAAAAAACCAACAUGUUUGACAUUAACUAUCACGUUCAGGUGUUAGCACGGCCCGGUCGAUCGUCGAUGGACAGAGUGGCACCUCUUCCGCGCCAGCGACCACCACUUCCCAGUCGUCCAUGGGAUCUACCCAUUCCGCUCACUCCACCAGCACUAACCCUUUGA